AUGGGCUGUGUGCUGGGCGCGCGACCCCAGACCCCAGACCGGAGCCUCAGCAGGGCUUCGCGGGCAGCCGACCAGGGUCUUCACUCACGCCCGCAGCUCGACACAAUUAGGUGCGACCGCGGCCGCUCGCAGAACCCAGCUGGCGUCGCCGCGGGCUCACGGCGAUACGACGCGCCCGAGAGCGGGGGGGGCGGGGGAGGGGUGGAGGGGUUGGGGCGCGGGGGCGGCCGCUUUGCCGGACGCGGCGCCAGAAGAAAGGGACCGGGACGCCGCAGUCGGCAGGGGCCGUCGGCCCUGGGGGCGCGGGGGCGGCGGGGGCGGAUCGAUGCUCCGCAGCAGCGGCUGCGCUGCCGCUGCCUCCGGGCUCCUCUAGCCUGCCCGGCUGCCGGCGCUACGAAGUUCAUCACGCUGCACAUCGUAGACGAGGACAGCUACGAGAAGGACAUGCUCUUCUACGUGCAGCUGGGCGAACCGCGAAUGCUAGGCGACGAAGCAGGCCUGGCCGCCGAGGCGGAGCUCAAGAAGCCGGAGGACCUCACGCCCGAGGAGAAGGUGGCGCUGCUCGGCCGCCCCAAGCUCGGCGAGGUCACCCGCACCCUCAUACGCAUCAAGGAGAGCAAGGAGUUCAAGAACACGGUCGACAAACUGGUGCAGAGGGCAAACGCUUCUUUGUUAAUCGGCACGUCCUCCUGGAAAGAACAAUUCAUCGAGGCAAUCACGGUCAGUCCGGGGGAUGAUGGUGGAGGAGGUGAAGGAGAUGAAGAUGAUGAAAAACUGCCAUCAUGUGGAGAUUACAUUAUGCACUUCCUCACUCUCUUCUGGAAGCUAUUAUUUGCCUUUGUUCCACCAACAGAUCUGUUAGAUGGUUAUUUGUGUUUCGUUGUGUCAAUAUUUGGUGUCGGAUGCCUGACGGCCAUCAUUGGUGAUGUGGCAUCGCACUUUGGGUGCACAGUUGGGCUGCAUGAUGCCGUAACAGCAAUAGCCUUCGUAGCACUGGGUACAAGUGUGCCAGACACAUUUGCAAGCAAAGUGGCAGCUUGUCAAGACAAAUAUGCUGAUGCAUCAGUGGGGAAUGUCACAGGAAGUAAUGCUGUGAAUGUUUUCCUUGGCAUUGGAAUUGCUUGGUCAAUUGCUGCAAUCUACCAUUGGUCCAAGGGGGAACAGUUUAAUGUUAACCCAGGAAAUAUGGCUUUUUCUGUGACAAUAUUCUGCACAGAAGCUGCUGUUGCAAUAAUGAUCUUAGUUUUGAGGAGAUCCAAAAUGGUUGGAGGUGAACUCGGUGGUCCAAAAUGCAUAAAAUGGACAACAACAUGUGUACUUCUGUCCCUCUGGCUCAUAUACCUAAUACUGUCCAGCUUGGAAGUUUACGAUGUGAUUAAAGGAUUCUAAAUGUGGAUAAGUGUUCGCUCUGGGAGCUCAGAUGGGAAUUCCUGGAGGAAAGAAGAGAUUCAUUUUGUAGAACACUACUGGAAAGUUUAGAGAACCAGCAUUUGAAGUUGACUGUGGAGCAAUCCUACUGCCGCCCACAUACAUUUCAUGCAGGGACCAUGAAGACAAAACACAAGAAAUUAAAGCUUAUGUGGAGGCAUAUAGACAGUCAUUUUUUCCUUGCUCUAUUUGUGAGUGGAACAGGAAAGUAAAUGACUAGUUGUAGUAAGGGGUACGCUCUGCCACAUACUUUAAGGUGGCUUGCAGAAUAUAUAUGUAGAUUUUUUUAGAUGUAGAUAUCUAUGUAAUGGUUAAUGGUGCAGUAUAAAGCAUAUUUGGUUACUCAUAUGUACAUUGGUGGAAACUGUAUGUAUUGCAAAGGUGUAAAAUUUUUGUAAUGCUUUAUGUAAUGAUCAGCUUGUAUGUACAAUCAUAGAGAUACAUUGUAAUUUUGCCUUUGUUAUCACCAUAAAAUCUUUUGUAGGCCAUGGUUUGAAAAUGGACAUGAUCUUCUGCAUCCAGUCCACACAAAAAAUGA